CUCCUCCUCCUCCUCCUCCUCCUCCUCCUCCUCCUCCUCCUCGACCAUCCGCGGCAUCAACGUCGGCGGCUGGCUCGUACUCGAGCAAUGGCUCGGCGGCGCCGACGACCUCUGGGCCCUCGCCUCCGACGCAGUAGACGAGUACACGCUCUGCGACGCGCUCGGCGACGCCGCCUCCGCCGCGAUGAAAACCCACUGGGAAACCUGGUUCACGCAGGACACCGUCAACACGCUUGCCUCGUACGGCCUGACCGCGCUGCGCAUCCCGAUCGGGUACUGGUCGUUCGUCGACGACGCGAGCUCGAUCUCACCGUACGUCUACGGCGCGCAGGAUUACCUCGACCAGGCGAUCGGGUGGGCGCAGAGCGCGGGCAUGAAGGUCUGGGUUGACUUGCACGGCGCUCCCGGGUCGCAGAACGGAUACGACAAUUCCGGGCACGAGGGCUCGGUCGAUUGGCAGACGGGCGAGGGAAACAUCAACCAGACGAUCUCGGUGCUGACGACGAUGGCGGCGAAGUACUCUGGCUCGGACUACGCUAACACUGUAGUCGCGAUCGAGCUCGUGAACGAGCCGAUCUCGUGGGGGAAUAACGACGUCGAGGUCACGCGGCAGUUUUACAUCGACGCCUACGCGUCCGCGCGCGCGGCGUUGACAGAUAACCAGGACCUGAUGAUCAUCAUGCACGACUCGUUCGAGGACCUGUCGUACUGGCAAGACAUGCCGAGCACCGUCGGCGCCUCCUCGUCCUCCGACGGCUCGUCGCAGCAGCUGCUGGGGAUCGACACGCACAGAUACCAGGUCUUUGACGACUCGCAGACAUCGCUCGACGGCGACGGACAUAUCGAGAACGUGUGUUCGCAGGCGAACGAGAUCAGCGCGUCGAACGACUACAUGCCUACGUACGUCGGCGAAUGGUCAGCGGCCGUGAACGUGUGCUUUUUCAGCAACGGCAGUUCUUCCGCGGGAACGUCCUGCGACGAGGACGGGUGCUCGUGCGUGACGGACGACCAGGCGACGUGGACGUCCGACGUGACCGCGUUCGUGCGCAAGUUUGUCGAGGCGCAGAUGGACGUCUGGGAAGGCAAGGGGUCCGGCUACUUCUUCUGGUCCCAGGCCGGACCGGGGCUGUGGAACUUCAUCAAGGGCGUCGAGCAGGGGUGGAUUCCGCAGCCGCUGACGGACCGCGAGUAUCCUUCGCAGUGCGGGUUCUCGCUCUCGGAUAUGACGGAGAGCAGUAGCAGCAAGAAGAUGAUGAUGCACAGACGCGCGGACGAGGCGGUUCAUGUCCGGCGGAGACGGGCGGCGGUCGCGAAGAGGGAACCGCAUGUUUUGGGGGCUCAUCUGGUUGAGCAUCUGGCGCGACAGUUGUCUUAAAAGAGUCGCGAGAAGCUGAAGUUGAUGAAGCAGAGAUAUUUUUCUGCGAGAUAAUGCCUUGUUUUGUUUUUUGUUUCUUGUUUCUUGUUUACUGUUAGAUAUCUGGGUUUUGGUAUGGAGUUUGGGAAUAGACGUCA